UCAUCCACUGAAUGACGUUUCCUUCGAAUAUUACAAAGCUAAGGCCCCGCGCCAAAUCCCCAAUUCCUUUUUCUUUCUCUCCUUUCCCUUCUCUUUCCUUCGCCAUUGUAGUUUUCUUCUGGACCCAUCUUCUUGAUUUGCUCCAAAUCACUCACUGUUUAUCACUUUUUCUGUUUUCCUUCAACCCCACCUCGAAAAAAGGCUGCUCUGCCCGAUCUUUACUAGUUCUUGCCAUUGGGGAUGAGUUAACUUAGCGUAUUCAAACAAACCCUUUGUGGGUUUCAUUUAAUUCUUCUUCUAUCUUUCUUUUGUGGUGGAUUCGAUUGCUUCUUGAAACGUGUGAUUUAGCGGUGGAGUGAGUUAAUAUCGAGGGCGAAACGAACGCCUGACACUGACCAUGUUUCUGGAUUUGCUCGUAUCAGCUGGCUUUGUCUCCUCAGCAAUAACCGAUGUGAUUUGUAUCAAGUCUUAUUGAGAUCUGCAUUUACUGUCGGGGAAUUUUAUUCUGGAAGAGUUGGAGAUGUUUAUAUAUGCUGACUGGUCAAUCCUCAGCUUCAAUAGUGAAAAAUUUGGAGUUUUCUUACUGUAGUUCCAUCUGGGAGGUGAUUCUGAAGACAAGGUGAAAAUUUUCGCAUCCUUUUCCCUGGUGCCUUCUGACAGAAGACGAAUUGUUCCUUUUUAAGUUCAAAUGCCAGAUGGAGAAAAAGAAAAAGAUCACGCAGUAUAGAGAGAGGCUAGAUAAAACACUUGCAUCUCCUGAUCUAACAAACCAGGAGUCUAUUAAUUCUCUAGUUUCAAAUCAAAUUCACCGUUCGAAUUUGAGACAUGGAACUGAAGGAUGUAAUGAUAAUGUGGUAUUGCGAAGAACUGCCGAAGUAUCAAAUUUUCUUGACAUGUUGAGAAGUGCUUCAAGUAAUGAUAAUGCUAGCAGCAGAGCUUCUGAGACAGGGCAUUCUGAAUGGAAAAUAAAGCAGGAUGAUGAAGAAUUUCGAGUUAUGUAUCGGGAAGGACCAAAGGGCACUCCAUAUCAUACGUUACUUGUUGAAGGUUUUGUAGAUGGGCCUGUUGAUAUUUGUUUGUGUACGUCUUGGGAGUCUGAACUUUAUAAAAGAUGGUGGCCUCAAUUUACCCUGCCAUCCUUCAAAAUUCUCACCAGCAAAUGUCUCCAGAAAGUGCGGAUUGGUGAACAGAUUGCCUUAGUAAGGGUGAAGGUUUCAUGGCCCCUGUCAACCAGGGAGAUCGUCGUGCACUAUUUUUUGUUUGAGUACUUUCAGGAUGACCUUAUUGUCAUUCUUCUGAACUCGAUAUCUGAUCUGGACAGCAUUGAUGUAACUACUCAUGGAUUCACCAGGCAUGCUAUACCGGAUGCAGAUGACGUUGUAAGGAUUGAUGUCGUGGGAGGCUUUGCUAUACAGAAGGUGACAGAUAACAGGAGCUACUUCCGGACAAUUGCAAACAUGGACAUGAAGCUGGAUUUUGUCCCUCCAUCGCUCAUUAACUUCGUCUCAAGGCAACUUAUUGGCAGUGGUUUCCGGCUCUAUCAAAAGGUAGUGGCUUCUUUCAAAUCUGAUGAAGAUUUUAUGAAGGCUUUGAAAGACCCACUUUACACUCGUAUAAAUGAAGCCCUCUACCAGAGGAAUAGAAAAGAAAAGGUGUUUGAAGAAAAAGAGGUCGGUUAUCAAAUCGAUCAAGCUGGAAUGCAUUAUUUUCAAGAAGAGCAGCUGGAAGAGCAGGAGGAAAAUUCGAUGGAAGAUCAGACGGUUAAUGUCAUUGAUGAUGCAAAUGAACCCACAAAAACUGCCAUUGAGAUCAACGAAACUAAAUCUUUUGGGGAAAUUGAGGAGGAAGAGAGCAAAGAAAGUAGGGAUGAUAAAGAAGAAGAAGAAGAAGAAGAAGAAGAAGAAGAAGAGGAUAAAAAUGACACUUUAGAUAUUAGUAUUGCAGAAAAAAGUAACUUUAAGGGUAAAAAAGUUUCUAUAAUUAGUCCAGAGGUGGAAAAGGCUCUCCAAACUUUAGAUGAAGUCAUUAAUAUGAUGAGGAAAUGUAGACUCAAUACUGAAGCGAAGGCUGCUUCUUGCUUGAUUGAUGAAAAGCCUCCAGAUAUGGAGAAGGAUACUGAGAAGAACUUGAGUAUUUCAAAAGACACCAAUGUUCAUCCGGAAGUCAAGCUUUUUGCUAAUUUGUCAAAGAAAGAAACCACAGAGAGAGGUUCAGAUGAACCACCUCGAACGAGCUCUAACCAUAGUUCCAGGCGUUUAGGAUCAUCAAAUUCUUUGUCCAAGGAUGUCAACCACAACAAAAUAGUUCCAGCAUCUCCAGAACAGAAAUCUUUACCCUCUGGACCUGCUGAAGUUAACCACACGAUAUCAAGUUUCAUCGAACAUGGAAUGACACAAAAUCUGCAUUCAGAUCAAAAUUCUCAUGAUCAUGUUAAGCAACCAAUAAGUCAGCAUAAUAGCAUCAAUGACAUCAGUGAGGAUGCAGUGGAGAGGUAUGUGAGGAACAGAAAAACCCGGUACUGGUGCUUUCCGGGGAGUCCGAUUCGGCUUAAGAAGGGAAGAAGUUGAAGUCUAGUUGAAGGUGAAGCAGAAAUGACAAAUGCAUUUCUGAAGAAGCCACCCUUAACUGAUUAUUUAACAAGGUUUCUUCUUAACAUCUUACUACAUCUGUAAAAACAUCAAUAAACUCCAAUUUGGCUGAAUUUUUGUGUUUUCGUUUAUUACCAAUGUUAUAUAAUAUAUAUUUAUGAUAA